AGCAGUCUUCACCAUCAGAAACUCCUUCCAUGGUCGAAAAAUUUAUAGCAGAACAGGAGGUGGUGAUCGCAAAACUCGCGGAGUCUCGCAUCUCGGCACCACCUGAACCGACGCCAGAUGUAGGAUUGUAUGCUGAACUGAUUGAGGCAGAAGUUCACAACGUAGCCCUGGAAAAGCAGUUGAAAGAGAAUGAAUCUAAUAUUGAACUGGCCACUGAUAGUCUGGUGCAGAAUACGAUGCACGCAUUAUCAGAUUCAGCAGACAUAGAAGUUGUAAGAGAAUGGGCAAAGCUUCAAGUUACGAGACAGACUAGUGAUAUAGUCUGCCGUUCACUGAAGGAAAUCAUUUCGGCUGGUAGCUCACUUCGUUGCGACAGAGACUUUCUCCGUGUUGUUCUACUUGAUGCUGAAAAGAAACUUAAUGCACUUGAUGAAAGAUAUAAAAGUGCUCAGAAGGAAUUAAUGAAUUUAGCUAGCGAUUUGUCUCAUAGCUGGCACAAUAUUGAGAAAGCAGCGGAAAAAGCUAGAAGGAAACGUUCACAGGUAGACAUAGAAUGCAAGGAAGCACCAAAUCAUCUCACAGAACUAAUGAACCAAUUGAGAAGAGCUUCAGCAGAGGAACUUAAAGCUUUGCAUGAAACCAUGGUAUCACUGAUGAACAGAGAUUCUACUUUACAAGAGACAUUGGACUUUGGUACAGCAUAUAAUGACUUGUUCUAUAUACUGGAUCUUGUGGCGCAAAAGAGGAUGGCAAGACAUGUGACACUAAGUUUACCUGAAAUGUCUAUCCUCGCAGACGAUCCUCGUUUAGAGCAUCUCAUUGGCAUGCACUCAGAUGAAACACGUGAAUCUGAAAGUUCCAACAAAUUCUCAAAUACCUGUGAGUGGAAUCAACAUAUGGAUGCUUUACUGUCUAAUAAUGAUCAACUGGUUCAAUCAUUAAGAGACCUCAUUGCUGUAUGGUGGCAACAACCAUUUGAGACAGGUGUUCCAGAAGAUAUGGUUGUAAAUGGAAAGAACAUAUUGCAGCAUACAGCUCACUGGGAUCGUGUAACAGCUUUCGUGGAAAGAAAGCAAAUGAAGGAAUAAGUUGUGGGGAAAUCAUAUUUGAAAAUUAGGAUUUACAAAUUUAUUUAUAGAUAACAUCAUAUUGUUUUAAUACUUGACAAAAGCUAUGUUGCUCUGUUAACUUGCAAGAACCUGGUUGAGUUAUAGGUUUUUACACGUUUAUCUGUGCAAUAUGUAAAUUAA